AUGGAAAACGGGGCAUCUUCUGAAGGCAAGGAUCCUUCCACUUUUCUUAGUGAGAUUAUCGGAUCGCCGGUUAUUGUGAAACUCAACUCAGGCGUGGUAUACCAGGGGGAACUUCAAUCGGUCGAUGGAUACAUGAACAUAGCUCUUGAGAAGACUGACGAAUACGUCAACGGGCAACUGAGACGAAGUUAUGGUGAUGCUUUUGUGCGGGGAAACAACGUGUUAUACAUUUCCGCCAGAUGA